UGACGACCACGGGGUGUACUGCUAUGGAAUUAACCACUCCAAUACAUACCACAGUCACCCAAAACCAUAUAAAGGUCAUGUAUUUACCCAAUUCGGUGCUUAUUUGUACCUACGUGAGUUGUUCUCUAUCGAUCUUAGGAGCAAUCAUCAUUUUUGUGACAUAUUGUACAGUUCCAGAAGCUAAGAAUCAAACCCGCCGCCUGCUCAUCUAUCUGACGAUUGCUGACUUUCUGACGUCAUCAGGAAAUCUACUCGGAGCCUUGCGUUAUGCUUACAACGACAAGCACCACAGGCUGCAUAACUUUACAGAUAUAGAACUCAGACGACAUUGUGAACACCCUGAUGACCUGUGCGCCAUACAGAGUAUGGUAACAACCUUCUCCUCACUGGCCUCGUUUUCGUGGACUAUUAUCAUUGGGUUACAUAUCCUUCUAACUCUUGUUUAUCAGACACGAUGGUGCUUCACUACCAUCGCAAGGGUGUUGACCCACUCGGCUUCCUGGGGUAUACCACUGGUGAUUACAUUGGUUGCGGCCUUUAAGAAUGUCCUUGGGGAAGAUCAGUACAUUGGUAGUGGACCUUGGUGCUGGAUAAAGGGCUGUAUGCAUAACAGGGACCUCGUCUUGUGGAUGACAUUAACUGGAAAGGGGUGGGAGGUCAUGACCUACAUAGUCACAGCAUUCCUCUACAUUUAUCUCAAGUAUUACAUGAUAAGAAAGCGUCGACAAGAGCGCAGGCCUAACCUUCGCUACAGUCAAAUCUCAGUCAGCCUCCGUGAUGACGACGAAAACUACGUGCUGCUUUGGCUCGUUCUGUAUAUUCUUAGGAUUUGGGGAACCGUCAGAUACGGUAUACUUGUGUACAGGGUCGAAACGGGCGUGAAGACGGUGUACCAUUUAAACAACGUGGAUUAUGUGUUGAUGCACAUUCAGAGUGUGGGAGACAGUGCGCAGGCGUUUUUCAAUUGUCUGCUGUUUUGUGUCAAAGAUACUGCCGUCAGACAUGGACUUUUAAGGAUGCUCUGUCGGAGAGAUGAGGACCGACAACUUAAUGAUUAUACCCGGCUAUAGCACGUGACAUUUUAUGAAAGUAAGAAAAAAGUUAUACAAGGAAAAAACUGAAAUCUUUUCUUUUUGUUCUGUCAAAUGUUCGUGGAUUGAGGAAAAAAUAUUGAUUCGCGGGGUGAAGUGAACAUAAUAGUGCAGUUUGAAUUUUCUACAUUUAGUAGAAGACAUGAAUUCGUAGUUCUCUUCAUUCCACGAAAAACAACGAAAAUUCCUCCACCGGCAAGAAAGUGAUUUCAAAGUAUAAAUGGAAGAUACAGAGCACUGCUUUGCAUUGUAUUAUUGUCAGAAGCAUCCAUUGUGUCAUUCAUGUGUAUUCAUAUUUUGUGUAUUUUCUUAUUAAAAAAAUAUUAAAGAAACAGGUUGUUAAGGAAGUGAUAGUGCCUACUGUCCACUUCUGUUUAUCAAUCUUCUAACGAUUACGUUUUACAUGACUGUGAUCCUAUUUAAAACAUAGUUACUUCGAAAUAUUUUUUUAUGUAUACACAAUUAAGAGAUAAAAAUUACGCUUCAUGAGCUGAUGCAAAGUCUGGCUUGAAUGAAUUUACUUGUCUUAGCAUAAAGUUACCUGAAGCGUACUACAUAUUAGAAUUAUUUAAUGAUGCUGACUUAUGUACAGCAAUGAUUCAUGGGAAUUCAGGUUGAAAGAGAGUGAGAAGUGUUUGUACUGGAAUUCCUGGAUUAUUUUUAGAGGGCUCAUGGCGGAUGUGACGUGUAGAGGGGAUGCUUUCUCCUAGGCAUCUCAUCCCACCUAUAGCUCUGAUGUUUUCAGUGGUGAUUAGGCCCUGUUCUUGAUUUGUAUUGUAUAUCGGAUUUAUUAGAUUCAUCAUUGUUCAUUUUCGUCACCCUUUUCAUUGUAAGCAAUUUUGUGUCAUUAUGUUUUGUUCGUGGGUUUUUUUUCUUUGAAAUACCUUUCAGUAUUUUUAUCUCUGUUAUACAU